UUUACAUGAACAAACUGGAAUCUGUCAGACAAAUAAGAUUUGUAAUGAUAUGUUAGCUGCAAAAUGCAAAUAUAACCAGUUUUUAUAAAGAUCCAAUAACUCAUGAGGUACUUCCGAGGGCCAUGAGGAGAAAUGUGUAAUAACAGAAUAGCGGAAAUCCCUCUGCACCAAUCACGAUACAGGACUUCAUUAAAGACGGACGCUCCAGCCAAUCAGGGGAGAUCAUACCUCUCGGUGGGUCUGACCUGUUGCCAGAUCUGGGAUAAUGUUCUCCACAGCUGUUUUUUUCUCUCUUUCUGUAGUCAUAGCAGGAUUAGGGCAGGAUUAAGCCUCCAGUUUGUGGACAGAAAAUGAACCUUUAACGGUGAGACUUUUGUGCACAGCAGUGUCUGAUUAGGUAAUCUCUCUAAAAUGUUCACAUGCCAUUCCCAGCUGCAGCGGGCUGUAGCCCCUCGCUGCUCCGGGUUUGUUUUUAAGCUGGGACCAUGAGGACGCUCGACCCCGAAGUCUCUGCACGGUUCGGCGUCUCCUUGAGUGAGAUGGAGUGUUUAAAACUUGGUGGUCUUUCUGCAACAACAGUGUGAGGAGGUGUGAAGUCCGAGCGGCGGAGGGGGGCACGGCGAAGAGACUCCUGAACCGAAACCAGUCCGGCGACCAGGCUUCAGGAGAGCCGACCCUCCGGGAAUUACUCUAGUUGAAGUCCGUAAACAAAAGAAACGUUUGUUCUUCUUUCGUUUCCUGCUGUGGGAACAAACACUGACCUGGAGGAGUUCGGAGAAAGUUUAAAAGUUCCGGAGCGACGCGGGCGCGCGCUCCCUUUGAUGUGAGCGUCGACAGGUUUUACUGAUCCAGGUGAUUCCAGGUGUGAGGAUGGUGGAGAGCCGGAGCUGCGUCCAGAGAGAGGGGGUGUACCGCUGGUUCUCCACCCUCACCUCCGCUCAGAGAGCGGAGUUCCUCUACGGCCUGUUGGACCUCUGCGUCCCCAUCGAGCUCCGGUUCCUCGGGUCCUGCCUGGAGGACUUGGCCCGCAAGGACUACCAUUCCCUGCGGGAUGCGGAGAUCAAAGCCAACAACCCCGCAGACCUCUCGGGCCUCACCAACGUCACGGACGAGGUGGUUCGCAGCAAAUUACUAGUCUCCCUGGCUCUGCUGGGCACGGAUAACCGGGAGGCCGCGGGGGUACUUUACCGCACCCUGACCCACAUCGACACGGUGAUCAAUAACUAUGGGUUGGCGCUGAACGACGGCAGGACGGAGGAGCAGUUCCUGCUGCUGUUCACCAUGGCCUCCAACCAUCCGGCCUUCAGCUUCCACCAGAAGCAGGUGCUGAGGCAGCAGCUGGGCCAGAUCCAGGACAUCCUUCAGGCUAGCAAAGAAGGUGGAGAAACAGCAGCAGAACCUGGCAGUGAUGGAGCUGCUGUUUGUUACGCUCAGCCUCAUCACCAUCAGACCAUCUCCAUGCCCCAGGCUUCCCUGCCCCCCUCUGCCUCCAUCUUGCCUAACGCCAGCGCCAACUACCUGCCAACCUGUUGCUGGCACAAGAACCAGACCAGAGAGGCCUCGCCAGGGUCAGGACCACCCUCCGGUACUGCAUCAGGACACGAAGAGCAAGAACUCCGUUCUCCUCCACCGACCCAUCCGCAGAUCCUGGAUACCCCGAACAGGAACCACCAGGAGAAAACAGGAAAAGCUGUGAUUGAACGGGUGGUGCUGAGAAGGGUGACGCACAAGUCAGAGAAUGGCAGCGAAUAUUUGUUUGAGGUGGGCAGGUCUGAUGGUUUUACAUCAUCUGUUGUCAGAACUCAACAGGAGGUGGCUGAGAUGACAUCCCAGCUUUCACAGGUGUUUCCUGAUGAUGGACUGGAGAAGUUCCUCCCUCAGUCCUCAGAGGUUGACACCAGGUGUCUGCCUGCUCUACCCAGCCAUGUCCUGCAACACCACACCGUCCAGCUGUUCUUCACCUCCAACAGGCCUCUGUCAUCCAACUGCCCCUUGUCUCCCCCCUCUGCCAGAAUACCUCCGCCUUCUUCUUUUCCCAGCAGUCCUGGAGCUUCCACCUGCCCGCUCACUUCCAGCUCCAAUACCAGCUGUAUGGUCCAGUACAGAGGAGCUAACAGGGCGGUGUACCGGGUGGCCAGUGUCCAGCCCGUAGUCAGCACCCACAGCUCCGUCUUGACUCGUUCCCUCCCUCACCUGUCAUCCCUUAUGUCUCCCCCCAUUCCUCCUCCCCAACACACUCCGCUGCCUCCCUCCAUGCCCCCUCUUCCCUCGAGGAGCUCUGCAGCCGGUGGAGGCGACACGUCCUCUUCGCUGGUUCACAGCCAGCCUCACUCAUACCCACAGCCCCUGCAGCACCAUCUUCAUCCACAAACCAGCGUUCAACCCAGUAUGCAGUCCCUGCACCCGUCCCAUUCCCAGCAGGUACCCCACUCACAUUCCCUGCCCCGCUCCCAGUCCCACCCAGCACAGUUACCACAGUCCCAGCCCAACACUCCGGAGCAGAACGGCAUCCUGGACUGGCUGCGCAAACUUCGGCUCCACAAGUACUACCCAGUUUUCAAACAGCUCACCAUGGAGGAGUUUUUAGCUCUGACAGAGGAGGACCUCAACAAGUACGACUUGACCCAGGGAGCAAAGAAGAAACUCAAGACUCAGCUGGAACUUCAAAAAUCAGCAGACAGGGAGAUGAAGAUGGAGAAGCGGCCCUGCAGCGGCAUCGCCAGAGUGACACCUUCCAGUCACAUGGGAAUCUCAGCUCCCCCCACCUCCACUGCAGGGGAGCUGCAGGUGGAGGUGGAUGGAGUACCACAUCAUCUGAUGUCCACAGACAGAAGCUCAUCCUCUGGAUACUCCUGCUCCUCUUGGAUGCCCCUCUGCUGUGACUCAGCCUUUGACAGGACCAGAGACGUUCUGGGGCGUGUUUCAGGUUCGAACCCACUCAGUGGUACAGAGAAGGACCGCUUCAUCUUGAACUCCAGUUGUACCAUGGGUUCGGGUCGUCCCACAGCCCAAGUUCUUCCCGUCCAGACUGAUCCAGCUCCUCCUCACCUGCCUUCCUGCUCUUCCCAUUUACCCUUCAACCUCCUUCAGACUCUCUACCAACCGCAGCCCAGUUACCCUCAGUCUGUCCCAAACCCAACACGCAUACGGUCCUCCCCACGUAAACCCCGUCCCUCUCCGCUUUGCACUGAUGACAGGACUAAGCCACUGGCUGUGAUUGCAGUCGGAGCAGGUUCCAGUUUAGGGUCUGGAGUAGGGGUGGCGGCCAGGCUGGAGAACCAGUUUACUGGUCUCAGCAUAGAUGGUUCCCCUGGACCUCAGGAGGCUGCAGUUUGUCGUAGGCGGACUGGGGGUGCCGUGGGUCUGAUGGUGGAAACCAGCUCUGCUCUGACCUCCACCUCCAACAGCCUCCACCAUGUCUCCCAGCCGCCCCUGCUCUUCCACCUCUCCUCCUCUCCAACAGGAUAUCACAUCUGCCCCCCCACCUCAUCCUCCUGCACCUCCUCCAUGUCCAUCAACCCAACUGCUGCAGGCCCCGGGAACCCUUACUACCAGCCUAAAUCCAGCCCCGCCCCGCCCACCUCCGGUGCCCCCUCUACGGAUCAGAGUUUAGCUCACAACGCCUCCAUGUGUGUUUGCAGCUCCUGUGGUUGCCAUGGUAAUUGCAGCCCCUAUGGAGCGUUGCCGGGAUACGCAGCCACUGGUUACCUGCAGCCAUUCUCAGCUGGACCUUCCGUGUUCACACUGGGACCCCUGCUCCACCUCAGUCCGCUCAUCGCCUCUUCCAGUGCCACCAGCCCCGGAGCCCCGCACUUCUCAUACCCCAUGAUGGUCCCGCCUUCACUCUACCCGCAGAGUGUCACGUGUCAUGACCAGCAGCAGGGCUUUGGGUUCUAUCAGCCACAUGGCACUGUGGGAAAUGGAGGCCAGAAACGGGCAGCAGGGAAGAUGUCCUGCUAUAACUGUGGUGGCGGCGGACAUCGAGCGGAGGACUGCAAACAGCCGCAGAUGGAUUCAGUGCCGCAGGGAACAUUUCGGCUGAAGUUCGCUCCUCACUCUCAGAGUAAGGACUCAGGGGACUAAACCAUCAAGAGACAGGGAUGUUUGAACUGUCAAACUGCUGAGAAGGCUUUUACCUGACGUUGCUGCAAAGAACAAGGGACAAUUUGGCGAGCCUCUCAUCAUUCCUUCAGCACUGCUUAUGGAGAGAUGAGAGGAGGACACAACAGAAGAGAUUUUCCAUCGUCAGGGUCACUCAGCUUUGAUAUGAUCUCCUCAGAUACAGGCAGGAGCUUCAGAACUCGAUUAACUCUAUAGGAAGACCUAUGGGUCUUCCUCACCAUAGUCUCAGAGGCAAGUUCUCAGCCAAACCUUGAAGUAUUUAAAGUUGUCUGGAUGGCUCACAAACCAAAGGCAGUUCCCUUUCUAAAAUCUCUCUCUGGGUUUUCAGUUUUUGGAUUCUGUAAUUUCAGUAUUGUCCUUCAUCUUACAGCUCAUCUUUGCCCUAAAAUAAGCUUUUAGUUGGCCACUUUUCACACAAACAAGACAACAUUAUACUGAAAAGAGAUUUUUAAGGUCGAUCCAACUCAACGAGGUAUUCGGGUGACGACUAUUUUAUUACUUCCAAUAAAAUUCUUUAAAGUUUUAAAACAGUAGUUGGAUCAACAUUUGUGUGGACAUUACAGCCAUGACACAUCAGGUUUGAAUGCAUCCAGUUUAACUUUGAUCAGAGGGUGAACUGGAAGCUUCCAUCUGCAGAAGUUUGUGCAGUUGAAACAUGAUGGAUGGACAGAUUGAUCAAUGCCAUGAUAAAAUCUGUAAUAAGCACACAGCGUAAGAUUAGAAGUGCUCACUUUCAGCAGCAGUAAACAGCGUCUUAUUUCUCUGUACAGUAAGAAUUGUUGUGCGCCUUUCCAUGGCCUGAAAAGUUCACCUCUGCAGCCUCUUCAUCUCAGAGCUGAGCUGAAGGCAGGAUCAGUGUGUGUGACGUUUACAUUGACGUGCUGAAACAUUUCAAAGUGCCAACUUUCUCCAUAUUCCUUUUUUCUCUCACUUUUUAAAAUAUUGACAGGAGUCUUCGUAACCUGAGUUUCGCUACGUUUCAGAAAGUAACGAUGCUCAGGUUUCUCUUGUCUGUGUGCGAAGAUGGGCCAGGAUUCUGGGCAGGACCCCGAUAAGCUCUGCAGACAGAAGGUCCGUCAUGCGAUCCCUGUCUCUGCACCCCCGGAGGGCGCAGAGCAGGGAAAAGAACUUACUUAAAGUACUAAACGUCCAGUAUGUGGAAUAACUUCUGCCUGAAAUGAAUAAAAAGUCUUUUUACUUUUUAAUUCAAGAAGUGUUUUCGGGCUCCGAAGAUUGUAUAAUAGAACAAAUUUUAAGAUUCUGGUUUUGUAGAUUCAAACCAGCGUAUUUGGGGAAUCUCUGAAACUUUUAGCGUUUUUGCUUUUGUUGGGUUUUGUUUGUUUGUUGGGCAGCAGAGCUCAGUAAACUGCUGCUCCAGCAUGCACGUUUAUCUGAUGUUACCUUUUAAGAGAUUUCAUUUGCAAACGUUGCAGCAGUUUGUCAGAACCUCAGUUGUCUGGAGUUCAGAUUUUAUAUUAAUAGAAAAUAUUUUAAAAACUGAACAUUAUGAUAUUUGAGGAAAGAUGUUUAAAUAAAAGAUAGUUUUGGUUCAAUCUUU